GCUCCCCACUUGCUUAAUUCUAGACAAAGCCUCAUUGUAAUCGUGGUAGUCACUCGAGCCAAACCUUCUAAUGAGCUUUUUUUCAAAAUCCCUCCAACGCAUGUGCUCACCUUGGUUCUUGUGCAACACCCAUUGCCACCAUACGUUUGCUUCCCAAUUAAGAUGAUAAGCAGCAAUUCGAACUCUCUCAUACCUUGGCACGUCAUUGAUCUCAAAGAAUUGUACAGCUCGACUCAACCAUGCGUCCAGAUCU